AUAGGUGAAGGACCAUAAGGUCUUUUUACCACUCCUUCCCUUCACCUUCUCUGAUUUGGAUUUUGUCAAUCUCAUCGAUUCGAUUCUUCUCCCAAUCAAAUCUCUCUCCAAUUCCCUCAUCAGGAAAGUUCAAAUCUUUCUCCAUCAUUCUCUCUGUUUGCCUUGUUCCUACGGGGAUAAAAAAAGGGAAUUUUGAUUGAGAUAGAGAGAAACCUUCCAUGGCAGCAGCUAUGAGCGAGAAGGAAGCUAUGGUUGAUCCUUUCCUGGUCGAAGCUCUUCAGAACCCUCGUCAUCGUCUCACAAUUCUGCGUAUGGAGCUGGACAUACAAAAGUUCUUUCAAAGCCCAGAGCAGCAGCAAUACGAGUUCCCUCCUUACCCAACCUCCUACCUCCGCCUCGCUGCUCACCGCGUGGCCCACCACUACGGCCUCUUCACCACCGCCUUUGACGGUGCUGCUCUAGACGGCUCCGGGAACAGGAUCCUCGUCACCAAGACCGGUGAGAGCAGCUACCCUUUUGUCUGUUUGUCUGAGAUUCCCGUGAAGCAGCCUGAGGCUAACGGGAGGAGGCCUCAGGGCUUCAAGCUCGCCAUCAAGGCGAGGCCUAACGGAGGGUCUGGUGGGGCGGGUGGUGGGUCGGGUGUGGAGAGGAAUCUGUUGAGGAGCGUUGAGGAGAGGAAAGAGGAGUAUGAGAAGGCCAGGGCGCGGAUCUUUAACAGUCCUAAUAGUUCAGACUCUGAAGACUCUUCAACUCGAGCUCCUCCUCCUCCUGUUCAGACAAAACAUAACAACAGUAGACUCCCAGCUAGACACGAGGCCGAGAGUGUUGUUGAUGAGGAGAGGAACGGUGUUGGAAGGACUUCACGGGUCGCCAUUAUUAGAGAUAGGGAGAAAGAUCGGUAUGAUCCUGAUUAUGACCGGAACAGGUACGUGAGGGUUACUCCACCGGUACAAAACUUCAGCCCGAUGCCGCCGAUUCAUCUUCCUUUCCAUGACGGAGUUUUCCCACAGAUGCCAAGAACUCAACCCAAUAUAAGCUAUGGACAUCCCUUGAACCCUGCUAUGACUUCUACUAACGCUCCUGCUUAUACAGAGUGGCCUAGUGUCACAAUGACUUAUGCCCAGACAUUGCAUGCUUCAGACCCUAAUCAUUUCAGGCACCAGAAUCCCUGACCUUUGGUCCCGAUCAAACUCAUGUCUGUAUGCUUUUAUAUUAGGAUGUAGUCUUAGUUUUUUUUUCUUCUGCUCUUGUUGAAAACAUUGGCCGCACAAGACAUUUUUACUCUGUUGUUACAAAUUAUAUUAACAUUAUCAA